CGAAUUACCGCCGCUCAAGGUCGUUGUAGGAUCUUACAAUUCGACAAAUUUUGUUUUCUGCUUGCUGUGGUUACCACUUUCGAUUACUUGGGCUCUUUCUUGUAAGCUGGUUAUUGCAGGCAGUGUCAUGUAAGGGCGCACAGUUGUGUUGUUCGAGAACAAAGAAGGUUGCGAUCCCGAGCAUGUAUACUUUAUACACAGGCGGUUGAAUGAGCCUUUUUUUCCCAGUCAGAAAAGUGAUAGACUUGAUCUGCUGUAAUUCACUUCUCUUGAUAUCGGUCCUUUUCUUUUUCUGCCGUUAUGGUCGGCAUUCCACGUAAUCUCUCUGUAGCCACUUCUUUCUUCCACAUGCUCAAUCAGUUUUGAGGUGGCAAAAAGCUCGACUUUCAUCAUAUUCUGCAUAUAGCUUAUAUCGGAUCAAAAGACAAUGGAGGUCUCAGAGGAAAAUGUUGAGAAUUUCAAGGAGUUCUGCGGGAUUGCUGAUGAGGAUGUGGCUGUAAGAUACUUGCGUCACUGUCGUGGAGAUCUACAGGCGGCUGUUCAGUUGUUUUUUCAAACCGAUGGUAUUCUUGACGAUGAUGAUAAUGAGGAAGCGGACGAUAUGAAUGUUGCAGAAUACCCGCGAAACGGUCGGGCUCGAGCUUUAGAUCACGAGUGGGAUCAUGCAGAAACUAGUUCCUCAUUGAACUCAAUUGCGACCGCUAGACCGGGUCCACAGUGGUUUGUAGUGCAGCCUUGGCGUCAGUUCAUUGUUGCUCUAAUCACAUUACCAUUUAACUUCGUUUUCACCACAAUAUUUGAUAUUUUAAAAUUUUUCUGUGACAUAAUCUUUGGAGAACGACGUCCUUCAAUCACCAAUUAUCGCGAGGAUGUGGCAAAGUUUAGGCGAGGUGUGCAGGAGAGACUUGGUGAGACGCAAGUGGAGUUUUACAAUGGGACUUACGAAGAGGCAUUUUCCGCAGCACGCAAUGCUGAAUCGUUAUUUGCUGUAUAUCUUUUUUCUCCGGACGCACAGUAUGUUGAUUACAUGGUCCGGCAAGUGUUGGAGGACCAAACUUUCAACGAGACUAUGUUAAACUACAAUGUUGUGCUGUGGGGUGCUGAUCCGCGCUCUUCUGCGGGGAAGGACGUUGCGCGUCGGAUGAGAGUCUCAACAUUCCCUUGCUUCUUCGCGGUAUCUACAAGGGAUCAUUCAGUAGUCAUGCGCGUUGAAAUGCCUGUCGAAGCACGACAGAUCUACUCAUUGCUGCGCCAGUGUGCUUUGGACGAGUUGGAACAAAGGGAAGAAGAACGUUCCCGAAGAAGUGCUUUACGCGAAAUUCGAGAACUGAUGGAACAGCAGGAAAGGGAAUAUCGGGAAAGUGAGGAGCGCGAUCGUGCCCUGAUUGCGGAACGCCGCCGUCAACGGGAGCAAAAGGAGGAGGAACAGAGAAUGCAAGCGAAACAGGCGACAGAACGUGCUGCCAAAGAAGCUGCACGAAUGAAAGGUCUUCGGGACUUACGUGAAGAAUUCAGCCGUAAUAAGCGCUCUGAUGAUUAUGAAGGUGAAGACUCAAUUAGAGUGCUUGUGCGCUAUCCCUCUGGAGAGACGAGUCAGCACAAGUUCUCGUCGAAGGAAAGUGUCAAAAAUCUCUUCGAGGUUGUUUUUGCAAAAUCUUGUUGCCCAUGGUUUUUCGAAGCUUACUAUGGCUUUCCUCGAGCACGGCUCAACUUCUGCUGCUACAGGUAUCAUGAACUUCUCAGCGACUAUCGUCAGUCCCAAAACCAAAGCAUCGAACCUUGGGAAGUACCAAAAACAUUUGAGGAGCUUGGGAUCUCGUCCUCACUCACAGUCUACAUCAGCGAUGUAGAAAACUAGGUUUUUCCAUUGUGGGCAUCUCUCAAGGAAAUUAUCAUGCUAGAAGAGGAUUUACAAUGCUGCUGUAUGCUCAGCACAUCGAUUUCCUUAGGGAUGAGCAGCGCGCGCAAACCUUGCUUUCAACUAGUCUUUUGCACGUUAAUUUGUGAUUUGGCAGCCAUCGUGAAAUGAGGAGUCUCUCCGUUCAUGCAAAACGCUCGAAAUAUACAACAUCUUCGGAAUACAUAUGACAACUCGUGUUUCAUCCUCUUCUAUCAAUCCUGCAUAUGGUGAUGAGAUUUGAUUUAUUUUUCUCAUCAUUUGGACUUGAUGUAACGGCAUGUUGCUUGUUGUUAUAGGAUUACGGGGGCUGUUUGAAUUUUGAGCAUCGGAAUAUUUUGCAUUUUAGCCCACACAUCACUGUAGGGGCUAUGUCCUGUCCUGUCGUUAGCGAUUAUCCGAAUGGUUUGGCAGUUAUGCAGCAAGCAAUUUUGUCACAAUCAUUCUUUAAAGUCGCAAAGCCUUCGGGUUAUCUUAUGGGUACUAUAUCAAUAAUGCGCUCAUAGUGUCUCAUGAUAAAUCCUUUGAGAGAUGAGAUUAAUCUUGCCAGAUUCUCAUUUCAUCGUGUAUUGAUCCCAUUUUUGUGAUCGAGCAACUUGGUACCUCUGAUCUUCAUUAGUACUAUUUUUUUUUCUAUGUAAAGGGGCUAUGUAUCUUUAUGUACUUUCUGUUCUUUAGGAGAAUAUCGUUCCAGGCUUUUGUAAUGUGCACGCUGCCGGAGGUAGAAAUAAUGCGGUAGAAAGUUCAGAUGAAACGG